AUGCCGACGCCGCACGGUGCUGCCCCGCCUCACGCCGACGCCCCGUCGCCAUACCGACGUCGCCCCGUCCUCACCUCCUCCCCGACCAGCGACCCAGGGCAACGGCGCCCCUCGCCGCACGCCCGACGCCGCGCCUCCCCGGAUCCCGUCGCCGGAACCACGCCGCUCGCCUCUCCGUCGUCGACGUGUCCCCGUCCUCCUCCCCGCCAGCCUGCCUCCCAACCGCGCGUCGUCCCCAUCGACCACCCGACCCCCGCUGCCCCCGUCCCUACGAACCCCGGUGAGGCCCCAGGCCUCUCCCUUCUCUGUUCCCCCUCGCACCAGCGCCCGUGCACGCGCUCGCCCCGCACGCGCCUUGCCCGCGCGCCGCCCGCGCACUGCGACCUCCGCCCGCACCCGCGCCCGCGCCCGGAGCUCGCUCCGUUGUGGCCUCGCCCCGCCCGGCGUGCCCUCACGCACGCGCGCCCGAGCCCUACCUCGCUCUGCCGCUGCGCUGCUCGCCCGCAGCUCGGUCGCGCCCACAUCGCGCCCCUGUACUCCUUCCUAGUCGCACGCGCGCGCCGCCUUUGCCCCACACCGACCCGUCUCCUCUGCCCACCGUCCACGGUUGCUCGCCGCGCGGCGUCACCGCCGCCGCUCGCGCUCGGAUCCGCCCCAGUCCGGCGCCCGCGCCCACCGCUGCCCUCCCGCCGGCGUCUCCCUCCAGCGACCGCCCGGCUUUCGUCCGCCACGGCGCCCCUGGGCGUGCGCCCGAUCUGGCCGUGCCCGAAACCGUCGCCCGACCCGCAUAGGCCACAGGGGCCUAUGACAGCUGGGCCCCGCCCCCCUGUGACAAUGACUGGUGGGCCAAGCCCCAGAACAUUUUAA